AUGGCUACCGGUACAGGCUCUACCGGAACGCUCGCUGCUUCGUCGGCCGCUGCGUCUCUACAUGGCAUGGCCCAGCUGCGUCCACCACCGGCGUUUGACUUUGACAACCCCAGCUCCUGGCCCUCAUGGCUGCUGCAGUACGAGGACUACUCGUUCGCCACUGGACUUUACGCCGCUCCGACGGAGGUCCAGGUGCGCUCUAUGCUCUACUGCAUGGGCCCACAAGCCAGGGUAGUCCUCGCGUCCACCACGCUGGGAGACGCGGACCUGAAGGACGUCGUCGCCGUAAAGAAGGCGUUCAACGACCACUUCGUCCACCCGCCGAAUGAGCUGUACGAGUCUGCUCGCUUUCACCGCCGUACGCAGCAGCCGGGUGAGUCGGCCGACGCAUUCUACACUGCGCUUCGGACGAUGGUCAAGCGUUGCAACUAUUCCUCGUCCGACAUUGAAGAGCGUCUUGUCCGAGACCGUUUCCUCGUGGGCUUGCUUGACCGCAAGCUCUCGGACCAGCUUUGUCGGAACUCGAGAUUGACGUUGCAUGAAGCGCUCACGCACGUUCGCCAGCACGAAGACGCCGAUAACGAACGCAACGCUCGUGACUCGGCUGAUUCAUCGACGCUCGCCAUCGACACCGCUCGCGUUCGCACCAACGUCGCUCGCGUUCGCAAGGAAAAGCCAGUGUCAGCGUCUCCUGAUAGGACAACGCAGCAGCUGUGCCCAUUCGGCGGACGCACAUCGCAUCCUCGCGCCGACUGUCCGGCUCGCAGAGCGUCCUGCAAUUUUUGCCGCAAAAGUGGCCACUUCGAGAACGUGUGCCUUAAGAAGAAACGCGGCAGCAGGAAGCGCACACCGAAGCCUUCUGCCAGCUCCAUCGAGCUACAUGCAGUUGCGGGAGAGCGUCCGAACGCGAAGUUCGUCGAAGUAUUCGUCGAUGGGUGUCCACUUUCCUUCAAGGUGGACUCUGGCGCCGAAGUUUAUAUCGUACCCAGCACUUACGUUGCUACCUUGUCAUGGCACGACAAGUUCACCAAGCAGCUACUCUACGUCCUGGCAACCAAGACGGUCCCGCUGCUGGGCUUCCCGGCAAUCCAGGCCUUGGGCGUCUGCACGUUUGUCGACCAAGUCUCGGGGACUCCACAGCCCUCGGGCGACUUGCGUCUCGAUCCCAGCCUCUUCCGAGGACUUCAGACACUGGUGUCAAACUGCCCCACGUGCGCCGAAACCAGAGUGCAGUGCUCGGAACCUAUGCUGCCGUCAGUCACUCCAACUCGGCCCUGGGAAGAGGUGGGCGUCGAUCUGUUUCAUUUGAACGGCCAGGACUACGUCCUUCUGGUGGAUUACCCGUCACGCUUCCCGGAGGUCAUCAGCCUGCGCUCGACGUCAGCACCUGCGGUGAUCAACGUCAUCAAGAGCGUCUUCGCGCGCCACGGGAUCCCAAGACUGGUGCGCAGCGAUAAUGGUUCUCAGUUUGCCGCAAGAGAGUUCUCCGCCUUCGCCGAUUCCUAUGGUUUCCGCCACGUCACUAGCAGCCCCCAUUUUCCACAGUCCAACGGGGAGGUGGAACGGAUGGUGAGGACGGUUAAGGACCUGCUGCACAAGGCGGAUGAUCCAUACCUUGCGCUCCUGGCAUACCGCGAUACCCCUGGGGUAAAUGGAGUGAGCCCUGCUCAGCUGCUCAUGGGCAGACGCCUACAGACCCGGGUACCGAAGGCGUCGCAUCAGCUGGAGCCUACCUGGAGCCUACUCGGCGUGAUCAAGAUAACCGCAGGCGCCAAGCAUCUGACUUCAACAGAAGACACGCGGCUCAUGAACUGCGGCCUCUUCAGGCAGGCGAACAGGUCUGGGUGCGGGACGUCACCUCCCCCGCGAUCGUCAUGGGGCCAGCACAACGCCCUCGCUCCUACGUGGUGGAGACUCCCACAGGUGUACUCCAGCGCAACCGGAUGCACCUAG